AUGGAAAGUGUGGUUGAUGAGGGAGGGCCAAAUGUGGGGAUAAGGAAAAUAACAUGGAAGUCAGGUGGUGAACGACGAGCCGUUGGUAGCUGUAGAGACUUAAACAGCGACUCAGUUAUAGAAGCUGAGAAGUUUGAUUUCUUAGAUGCUAGAUUGAUUUCUAUUUAUAGGAAGAGGAAUGAUAUGAAUUGGAUCAAGAAGCAGAAAGCUGCGAGGGACAAGAAAAAGGACAUGGCAUCUGAGGGAGCCUCCGGAUCAAAGCCGGCACACAAUGGCUGGUUGCUAUUCAGAAGGGAGUAUUUGGCGACAUUAGGUAACAGUGAUAUUAGAGGCAAACAAAAAAGAGAUGUUGUGUCAAGGGCAUGGAGAGCUUUGUCUGAUGAGGAGAGGAAGAGGUACACAGAGGAGGUGAAGAAAAGAAGGCCAGAAAAGAUUGAAGAGGAGAAAACAAAGAAAUAUGUACCAUCAUUUUUAACCUGA